GCCCAAACCACCUCUUAUCCCCCCUCCAUACAUCACACCAAAGGCAAAGCGAAACAGGCGGGUGAAAAUAAACUGCAACAAAUGGACGCAGGCACAGCUGGAUUUCCGUUCCGCUCAGGACACUCUCGGAUCCGGCUGCCAGCUUACGAGAGCCUUUGAAGAUCACGAGGAUCGAGGCCGAGACGCCCCCGCGCUCUUAGACUGUUGGAACCCAAGCCACAUCCAGUCGCAGCAGCGCCUACCUGCCAUCAGUCAUCCAUACUUACCAUUGGGACUGCUGACUGGUUCAUCCCUCUUAGGUUGCCGAACUGGCGCCUUGUGAAUUUACUCAAGGGGCUCAUUCCCUGGUUUGAAAGAGGCUCAGUUUUUUUUCACUCCGUCAUUACUCAGGCUUUUUGUUCUUGGAUUUUUGAUGUUUCCGUCCAACCCCGGGACUACUUCGACAUCGACACCGGUACAUCUCGCAGAUGCAACUCAGGCAAAUCUCGCAGGUUGCCAAAGUCAAUUAAUUACCCAGCGUCUCUCUGGACCAGAGGCUCGGCUCACCAAUUACCUGGGUUGACCUACCGGUAAACCUGACCCCUCUUUUGGUAUCUGCACUCUGCAGAUCCUGUUUUUCGAGGAAGCCAAGCGUCAUCAGUGAUCGACAAUCCUGAGCUGGACUAUACCCUCGAGCGGCAACUUCGUCUUCGGUCACCACAUCGCGCGUACGCCCCUCUGCAAACUGAGUUCCACCCACUCACUUGUCGCAUGGCUGCCGUGAUACUUUCGGCCAACACAACUCGGCAAACACAGCAGCCAACCUGGCGUGCUCUGACUAGCGAUCCAGCUCAGCUUCGAGUCUGCUCACCUUCGUGACCCCUGCGCAUGCGCUGGCACUCAUCACUCAUCCUACCUUGGCUCUUCGUGAAUCGUUCCACUGUCCGGAAUAUUAUCUGGACCACGCGGUUGAGGAAUUAUCCAGCCCCCUUUCGAGCACUCUCACCUCUGCUGCUGCCGGAGCCGGUUCUCAGAUCCGGUAUAGGGCGUGGCCGUGUGGCACAAGGUGGAGAUUAACCACUCCUGCGGAUUCAUAUCGCAACUAAACUGCGAGAAAGUACCUAGGUUCGCCACCGCGCAUUCUUAUGCUUUGCGAUUGCGCGACCGCAUCAACUGUCUCGGGUGCGAGACUAUCCAAUAGUCGCCUACUUCCGCUCACGACAGCCGACCAUAACGCCGUCUGUUAUAAAUAGGUCGCAGACAAGGACUUGUCGUUGACAGCACAAGAUGCCUAUCAUCAACGGACUGAAGAUGGCAUGUGAGCCAUGUAUUCGUGGACACCGAUCUACGAAAUGCACACAUGCCAAAGAGCGCCUGAUGGUACCUGUACGAAAACCAGGUCGACCUCUCAGUGUAUGCCCUCACCCACCUGGAAAAGCCUGCGGCUGCGGUGGAAUCACGGCGGCCAUUCCUCGAGCUCAGAAAUGUGGCUGCGGACCAGAUACCAGCUCAGAAACCCCAGCGUCGUCGAAGUCCGGGUCUGAAAGCUCAGUAGGCAAGGGUUGUGCGUCACCGACGAGGCGCACAUUCCAGGUACAAAAGUCGGGUUCAUCAAGGCCAAACGGUCGCAAGCAGUCCUUUGACGUCUCAACCCUCGAGAGAAUGAACCCCGAGAACUUUAACAUAGUCCCACCACCCCCGUACAAAAGCCCGAAUGGAAACCUUGGGAACAUCCCAGGCAGCAAUGGCGAGAAGUCAUUACCAAAAACUGUAACACAACCUAUAGAAUUUUUGAGUUCAACCCCGGGGAUGUUUGAUGGAUAUAGCAACAACAGCACGGAUUAUACGUCAAACCAGCAUAUCAACGGGGGAGAACAAAUUGCUUCCCCGAUCAUUAAGGCCGAGACACCCCGACCACCUCGCGCCAACGGAUCAUCGUCUUAUUUUAACGGAACACAUACCGUAUCUAGCAGCGACGAUCUGGGAUCAACUCCCCGAGCAGUAAGCAAUCUAGAGAAUGACAGCUUAAACACGCCUUUGGAUCCGCCCCGGAGCUGUUGUGGCAGCAGAAGCAAGACCACAGACGCGGAACCACACUCCAACGGCAACGGGCCAAACAACCGCCACGUACGGCCAAAUCCCCUUGACCUAUUGCCCAAUGGCAUGUCUCAUCACCUCCCAGAAUUCCAAAUGCAACAUGUUGCCCCGAAUGGCGCGGCUCUGAACGGUCUAGGUCCUGUGAAUCCCAUGAUGACUGCCUUUCAUCAAUCCAUAGCACAGUCUAUGUACUUCCCAGCUCAGACAACAGAUCCGUCGAUUUACACAUACCCGCCAUUUUACGGUACCUACCAGUAUCCUAUACAACCAGCUGCUCACUGGAGACCUUCAAUGAUUAACUAUGGGGCCCAAAACAUAGGGGGGUUGCCGUUAGGGGGUCUAGCUCAGGGGCCUCCGGUGUCGGAGCCACUAUCCCAUCAAUGUACUUGCGGCGAUUCCUGCAACUGUCUUGGAUGCCCGGCACACCCUUACAACGACGCCACACAAGCGUAUGUACGGUCUGCCAUGAACAGCAUGUCUGAGGGAUCUUCCAAAAAUGGUCAGCCACUACAGAACGGAGGCGAUCACUCUAUCCAGCUGCCUGCCGAAAACAUCUCGCCAGUCAUACAAGCAGCACCGCUCAAGUCGUCUUGCUGCUCUACGACACAACCAGAGCCGGCAUCCACAUCGCACCCGUCAUCGCCGCCCCAGGCGCAAACCCCAUCGGAAGCAUCGGUGGGAAGUGAGGAUCAAGUACCACUUUCGGCGAGCGACUUCCUCUUUGUCACAUACCCAUUUGGAUGCGAGGGCGAAGUGGGCAGUUGUCUCUGCGGUGAUGAUUGCUCAUGUGUUGGCUGCCUAAUACAUGGCAACGGUGGUAACAAUUUGGACCAUGAAACAUGAUUAUGGUCAGAUCAGGAUGAAAAAAAAAAAAAAAAGAAUCCAUCUACUCCGUAGCCUUGGAGACCCUGGUGACAAAGUCUGUCGCCAUAUUCUUGGCGUGCACCCACAUUGUGCACGGCCGUGUAUUGAAAUGGAAUGUUGAUACCUAGUGAAAGCCAUUUUCUUCGGCUCACUUGCUUUUGUUUCAAGCCAGUUUAUUAGCAUUUUGGUUACCCUUUUAUUUUGUUUGCGGCUUCAUGAGCAUUUAGUCGGCGCUAGAUACCCAGCAACAGAUAUGGGUCUUGAAAUGAAUUUCUUAUAUAGAUAUACUGAAUUAUAUCAACGGGUAUGAAGUAACUGACAUGAUCGGGAAUAAGGAACUCGCCCGAACUAACAUGAAUCUUCCAUGUAAGAGUCGUGGAUGGAUGGAUGCCACGCGUCCUGCGUCAGGGGUUAGGGUUAGGUCCAGG